UCCCUUGCAGCGGCCCCGGAGCCCUCGGUCGGCCUUGGGGGCCCUUCGCUUCGCGGCGGCCGCGGCCAUGGCCUUCACCUUGUACUCGCUCCUGCAGGCGGCCCUGCUGUGCGUCAACGCCAUCGCCGUGCUGCACGAGGAGCGCUUCCUGAAGAACAUUGGCUGGGGAACAGACCAGGGAAUUGGUGGAUUUGGAGAGGAGCCAGGAAUUAAAUCUCAGCUAAUGAACCUUAUUCGAUCUGUAAGAACUGUGAUGAGAGUGCCAUUGAUAAUAGUAAACUCCGUUGUGAUUGUAUUACUUUUGUUAUUCGGGUGAAGAUAAAUGGGGGAGAUGGAGACUCAGAGGAAGAGAUGCCAACAGAAGUUAUUGUUUUGGUCAUUGGAAUUUGCAUACUGUAGCUGGACGACCUUGCAAUUGACAGAAAUGUAAAGCUGACAAUAAAACCAGAGUUUGUAUUUAUCCAAUUUUUAAAAAAAAGUUGCACUUCAGUUUCAUUGCAAAAUGAUCAGAUCAUCAGACACCAUAUCUGUCUAGGAAUGGAAUACAUUUGAUUGCUGACUGAUAAUAAAGUUAAUGUUUUGGUAAAAAUUGUUGAAAGGGUACAAUGACUGUCACUUCUGUGUUUUCAGAGAUUUUUCUCUAACUUCUCAGGGAUGAAUUUUUUUUUUAAUUUGAACUUCCUUGUGUGGCUUAGCUAUGAUGCAAGAGUGAUUAUCCUGAAAAAGAAUUUUAAUAACUUUU